AAGCAGGGCGGGACCUACGCUUUGUAUAAACAUGGCCGUUGAGUCCUUUGCAGCGUUCACUGAAUUAGCCUGACUUUGAGGAAGUCGACCAGGGUAGCUAAUACUGGAACAGGUGUUAAGAAAAUGUAGACCCCCAACGGAGGUUUCUAUUUCCCUAACAGUUUUGUUUCUGCGUUGGAACGAUAUGUAUUUUUUACUUUAUUAAGUACUUUAUGCUAGCUCGCUAACUGAGCUAACUCCGUCGUUUCGUCGUUAACUUCUGUCAACUUUUUCUCCUAGCUCUGAACUUCUUAACGAAAUGGUGUGUCAUCGCUCGUUCGGGAUAUUUAAAUGAAUGUUGGACACAUUGGAGUUUGGGAAUAAGUCGGACCAUUUUAAAAAAGAAUUUCCUGAAGGCUUCCUUGUGGAGUUUUUUGGUUUUUGUGCCCCGCUUGUCAGGCGCUAGUUUACUGCAUGAACGUCAAGAGCGGACAUAAACAAUGUUUUCUGGCAAACCUUUGAAACCCACCUUCAAGUGUUACCUUCCUCCAGUGCAGACUGAUGUUAACAAAACAAUUGAACCUCCACUAAGAAAACUGGAGCCUAGGCUGCUUUCUGGUGAGAUAGUGGUCAAUGAGGUGAACUUUGUGAAGAAAUGCAUCAGCACCGACAACAGUCAGGACGAUCUUUGGGGGAAGCUGAUAUGCACCAACUUCAAGGUUUCUUUCAUUCCCCAAGACCCUCCACAAAAACAGAGAACCCAGCUUUUCCACCUCCUCCUUGGAGAACAUGAUAUCCCUCUGACAUGUCUGGACCAAGUAGUGACGGUUAAUGAUUUAAAGGGAAAAAAGAAGAUAUUGAGUUCUAACCAGAAACUAAAGUUCAAUCCCACUGAGCUCAUUCUGUACUGCAAAGACCUGCGCAUUAUACGGUUCUGCUUUGAUGAAGCGGGACCAGAAAGUGCAAGAAAGGUUUGCCUUGCUAUCGCCCACUAUUCUCAUCCAGCUGAUAUUCAACUAUUGUUUGGUUUUGAGUAUCAGGGACGGCGAUACCAUGAAUCUAAAGAGGAGCGACUCAGAAGUUCCACCCAAAGGGGAGGAGCAUUGCAGGUUCCUAUUUUUGAUCGUUCAUCGGAUUGGGAUCGGGAGAUCAAGAGGACAAGUGCUUCAGAGUGGAGGGUUUGCUCAGUCAACCAGAAAUAUGCCAUCUCCCCAAGUCUUCCAGAGCACAUUGUGGUGCCGGCCUCUUUGGCAGACCAGGAUCUAAAGCAGUACUCAUCAUUCUAUAAUGAUGGCCGCAUCCCUAUGUGGUGCUGGAGUAACCGUGAUGGGAGUGCUCUGAUCCGCAUGGCCAACAUCACAGACCUGCAGCAGCAGAGGAAGAUUGAACAGAGGAUCUUCAGUGCCAUCAGAAAAAGCCAUCCUCAAGACUCUGAGGCUGUGAGAUUAGAGCUUGACAAGGGUCUUCCAACCAUUCAAGAAAUCCAAAGUGCCUUUGCCAAAAUCAGGCAGAUUUGUGUCUUAGAUCCAUUUGAGGAGACUGAAGAGCGAUGGCUUUCAUCUAUUGAAAACUCCAGAUGGCUCGACUAUGUCAGGGUCUUUUUAAGACAGUCAGCAGAAAUAGUCUACCUCUUGGAUGGAAGGAAUGUUUCUGUAAUUCUUCAAGAGGAGGAGGACCGAGACCUGAACUGUGUUGUGUCCUCAUUGGUGCAGCUCAUGUUGGACCCUCACUAUCGCAGCCUCACUGGUUUUCAGAGUUUGGUGCAGAAGGAGUGGGUGAUGGCUGGCCAUCGCUUUCUGGACAGAUGCAACCACUUGAAGAAGAAUGAUAGAGAGGAGUGCCCGCUGUUCACAUUGUUCCUGGACUGCGUAUGGCAGAUGAUGAACCAGUAUCCAGCUGCGUUUGAGUUCACAGAGGCAUAUCUGACAGUGCUGAGUGAUAGCAUGUGGAUCCCACUGUUCAGCACUUUCCUCUUUAAUUCUCCUAAGCAACGGACUCAACUCUUGACGGACUUUGCCAAAAACAAAGCCAUCCCUCCAGGAGAAGACCCUGCUGGGUUUUUCCCUGCAGUUUGGGAGUGGUCACAGCAGUUUUCCACCAAAGAUCAAACCCUCUUUAACAACCCCAUGUAUGUCGGCAAAGGAUCUGCACGUGUUCAGAACGGCGAAGUGAAAACCUUCAGACGCACAAAGAAAGUUUAUUCUUCCACAGUUCGGGGAACGUCUUCACUGCCGGCUAACGGGCUAAAAGGUAAUGGAGAGCGCCGACGGAGCUCUCUGGUAUCCGAGUUGAAGCCAGAUUUCUCACCAGUGAAAGUGGAAAGUCCGUCUGACCGCUUCUUCAGAGACUGGUUCUCUCAACCUGCUGACCAGCACGGCGUCCUGAUUCCCCUGCUCAUGCCAUCACAUGUGGCUCUCUGGAAGCUCUUCUUCCUGCGCUGGGUCUCUGAAGCCUGCAUUCCUAACGGAGGCCCCAUCACUACCUACCACAAGCUAUCCCAACUGGUCGAUGAAAUAGACAUAUUGCAGAGCCAACUGAGGCAAUACAAAGGCUCCAGUCCAGGGAGCACACCACUUCCGAGCCCGAGCGCCCCCCCCUCUAACCAAAGAAGGAUGUAUUUUAAGGCGACUCCUCCAUGUGACCCUUCCACCGUUCCAGACGUCUUUACCUCCUCCUUUCCUUUUAGUCCAGUGGGAAACCUAUGCCGGCGAAAUCUCCAGGGAACUCCAAUUGGCAAAUUUUUGAAUGGUGCAAAGAUCUGGCUCUCAACGGAGACUCUUGCUAAUGACACUGUUUAAGGGUAAUGGGUUUAUAUUUGUUUUUUUAAGAAAAUCUAAUUCUUCUUUAUUAUUUCUUUGUUAAAUACUAAUAAGAAACCUAAGAGAUCAAAUUCAACCAUUUAAAUGUUUUUCUAAAUAUAAGCUAAAAACUGCACCAUUUAUUGCAGCAUCCAAAUCUUGGGGAGUACUUAAUUGUUAAAACUAAAUCCUUAACAUCUUCUACACCUUUUAAAGCGGAUUGUUUGUUUGAAAAGAAAAAAAAGACAGAGAAAUGUCUUCACUGUUGAGAUAUUUAUGGUGGUUUUUGUGUGACAGAAAUGGCACCUUCAGAGAUUCUAUAACUGCUAUUCGAUCAGACUCAGAAGACUCAUCCAUUGACAUGAUUCACUGUGCGUUAGAGUAAUAAUUAAUAAACUGUUAAAAAUAUGGCUGUUGCUCUGCCAACAGUUUGUCUUUUUUAAAUCCAAUUAUCCUUUAAGUUUCGUAUUUUAAAUUGGGAAUGACUUAAUUCUAAAACUGUGAUGCACUUCACUAAACACUGAUUUUCAAGAAUUUAGUUUGUUUUGAUGUUCAGGAAAUGUAAUUAAAGCUGAGAAUGUUGUGCCUUUUUCAUCCUAGCCGUAUUUUAGAAAGAGAACCAUUAAAAACCCAAAGCAUGGCUUAAGGAAUCGGUGUGCUACCUGGUUAAAUGUAAUAGAAAAUCCUUUUAUAUUUAAGUUUUUUUUUCUUUUCUUCCUUCAAGGUCCUGUGUUGAAGGAAACCUGCAAUAAGGGAUAAAUGCAGUGACUUCAUUGUACUGCUUUAUUUAGUUUUACUAAGGUUUUCUAUUCUUUGUCAUAGGAAUCUUACUUAAGCAGAAUCUUUAUGCAGUUAGUGAGGACUAAAAUAUAAUUUUUUUUCGUUUUGUUGUUUUUAAGAUGUUGAACUUUCCUAAAGGCCUUCUGGUAAGGCACUGAUCAGAAAAAAGUCGUAGCUGAAUGUGAAAACAAGUGUGAAGUGAUGGACCCAAGCUAAUCUUGUUUUGAACAAAUGGGGUUUUGAGUUUCAGGCAGGAAAGCUGUGGAUCUGGUGAUGGGAGCUCAGCUGUCAUCUUUCAUAAUACCAAUAAGCCUUCUGGAUUCCAAGUCCUACAUGAGCAGGUUGUUUUUUACUUGAAGUCCCAUUCCACCUAUAUUUUUAACUAUUGCUUCGUUCCCAGUGGUCUUUUCAUUAUGACUACGUAGAUUUUAGCCAAAAUUUUAAUAAAACUGUGUUUUUUAAGACAUUGUUUCUGCAGAGUGGCAGGUGUCCAUCAGACAUUUGCCUCUGAGUUGUGGGCGGGACUGUUGGCGUGGAAGUAACCCUUCGCUGAUUUUCCCGUCAUCCCUUUGUCUACACACUCUCCCGCGAGCUUACAGCCCCUCACAAUUCCAAGCUAACAUUAAAAGUGCAAAAAUGUUGAGCAAUAUCAGAGCUAUCCAGCCGUACAGUUUUGAGCUGGAUACCAGCUCAGACGAGGAAAAUGAAGAAUGUUAAUGGAUCUAUUUAUCUGUAAGUGGAUGCAUCAGGAUUGAGCGGAACAGGGAACUUUGGCCUGCCCAAUUCAGUUGCUGUGACACAAACAUGAGCUUUUUUAUCUGCUCCUGAUUGAAUAAAGAAGUGCACAGAAACACAGUUUUAACCUUAAAUUCUUUUAUAUGUCUUCCAUCAUGAGAAACAUGCUAAAACACCAAAAGCAUGAUAUUCAAGGGAGUGGGUCUUUAACAUUAUGACAGCUGACAAUAGAAAUCUUCUGUUUGUCCUACCUUAAUUUCUUUUUAAAUAAAACCUUUAGCAUACAUGUGAUGAUCUCUGCAGAGAACCGAGAAGAUGAUUCUCCUACUGUCAACAACUUAUCACCAGCUUUACAUUACAUGAAUAGAGAUGCAUCAGAAUUUAUCUCUGGCCAUUACUGUAUAAUUUGAAGGACACCAUAGAAAUAUCAAAACAUGUUAUAAAAAUGCCUCAAAGACCUGGCAACAAACAUAAUUUUUCCUGUCAACGAGGAGCAUUAAUCUUCCAAUCCAGUAGUGAUUAUACUAUUACAUGUUCUUUGGCAAUAAAUGUUUCAGGUUCUUUAUUGCAUAGUAUAUACAGUGUGAGUGCAAAUCUGCCCUCUCAAAUGCUAAAUUGCACAUUUUACCCAAAAUAUAGAUUAUUUUAAGAGAUUGGUUGAAAAUAUUUUUUGCAGAUUUAAAUACUUUUAUAUGCUUGAAGUUUUUCCAAUUCAUUUUUUUUUUUUAAUUAAUGGUACUAUAAAAUGUUAAUCCCUUAUUUAGUCUUUAUACUUAUGGAUGUAUAUUUAUAUGCUGUUUUUCCAUUUAAUUCACCAUGAUGUUCUCUGCUGUAAUUGUAUGAUGGCUGUGCUCAUUGUCACAGUUUGACUUUUAGAUUCGGCAGAUGUAUUUAUUCAAUUAUGAAUAUUUCUGUAAGAGGAAUGGAGUUGCUGCUGCUCAUCCUCUGUGCCUUUUUUGGGAAGAUUUACUUUUUUUGUAUUUAUAAUCUAUAUCUUUUGGCUUACUUUUGUCUUUUAAAAUAAAUAACUUUUACUAAAUCUAGUAAAUUUCAUGAGAAGUGCACUGAAGUUGUUUUUCUUCUAAAAAUGAGGAUCAAGUGUUUAUAACAAUGUAACAUGAAACAAUUACAUUAGUUUUCAACCAUCA